GGGGCUGGCCGCCCUUCCGGUGAGCCGGGCGCUGAGAGGCCGUAGGGGACGCGGGCACGCACACACGCACGCACACCCUCCUUUACCAGCGCCGUCCCGGCCACUCCCGCGUACACACAUACACACACACACACACAUACACACAUACACACCAGCAGUGCCGUCCGCUCCGCAGAGAUGCUGCGGGCCUGUCAGUUAUCCGGCGUGUCCGUCGCGGCCCAGAGCUGUCUCUGUGGGAAGUUUGUCCUCCGUCCAUUGCAACCAUGCCGUAGAUACUCUACUUCAAGAAGCUCUGGGUUGACUGCUGGUAAAAUUGCUGGAGCUGGCCUUUUGUUUAUUGGUGGAGGUGUGGGUGGCACUAUCCUGUAUGCUAAAUGGGAUUCCCAUUUCCGGGAAAGUGUAGAGAAAGCUGUACCUUACUCAGACAAACUCUUUGACAUGGUUCUUGGUUCUGCACCUUAUGGUAUUCCAUUGCCAAAGAAGCCGGUUCAGUCUGGUCCAUUAAAAAUCUCUAGUGUACCAGAGGUAAUGAAAGAAUCUAAACUCCCUGCCUCACAACUACAGAAACAGAAGGGAGACACUCCAGCUUCAACAGCAUCUACAGAGGCAGCUCAAAUUAUUUCUGCAGCAGACGAUACACUUUCGGUCCCAGCCCCUGCGGUUCAGCAUGAGGAACCUAUAAAAACUGAUCGCUCUGACCUUGGUGGAGGAAAGCCCACACCUGUAACCUCAGAGGAAGCAUUCUCGUCUUCUAUAAGGGAGCGACCGCCCGAAGAAGUUGCAGCUCGCCUAGCACAGCAGGAAAAACAAGAGCAAGUUAAGAUUGAGUCUCUAGCCAAGAACUUAGAAGAUGCACUUAGUCAGACUGCUUCCAUAACUCUGCAGGCCAUUGCAGCUCAGAAUGCUGCAGUUCAGGCUGUCAAUGCACACUCCAAUAUCCUGAAGACAGCCAUGGACAAUUCAGAGAUUUCAGGUGACAAGAAGUCUGCUCAGUGGCGCACAGUGGAGGGUGCGUUGAAGGAACGCAGAAAAGCAGUAGAUGAAGCUGCUGAUGCCCUUCUCAAAGCCAAAGAAGAGUUAGAGAAAAUGAAAAGUGUAAUUGAAAAUGCAAAGAAAAAAGAGGUUGCUGGGGCCAAACCUCAUAUAACUGCUGCAGAAGAGAAACUUCACAACAUGAUAGUUGAUCUGGAUAAUGUGGUCAAAAAGGUCCAGGCAGCUCAGUCUGAGGCUAAGGUUGUGUCUCAGUAUCACGAGCUGGUGGUCCAAGCCCGGGAUGACUUUAGAAGGGAGCUGGAGAGUAUUACCCCAGAAGUUUCUGGUUGGAAAGGGAGGAGUAUUUCUGACUUAGCUGACAAGCUCUCUGCUGAUGAUCUGAACUCUCUGAUUGCACAUGCACAUCGUCGCAUUGAUCAACUGAACAGAGAGCUAGCACAACAGAAAGCCACAGAGAAGCAGCACAUCGCAUUAGCUUUGGAAAAACAGAAGCUGGAAGAACAGCGGGCAUUUGACUCUGCAGUGGCAAAAGCAUUAGAACACCACAGAGGUGAAAUACAGGCUGAACAGGACAGAAAGGUAGAGGAAGUCAGAGAUGCCAUGGAGAAUGAAAUGAGGACCCAGCUUCGUCGACAGGCUGCAGCCCACACGGAUCAUUUACGAGAUGUGCUUAAGGUGCAGGAACAGGAACUGAAGUAUGAAUUUGAGCAGGAACUGUCUGAGAAACUCUCUGAACAAGAAUUAGAGUUUCGUCGUCUCAGUCAAGAGCAAGUUGACAACUUUACUCUAGACAUAAAUACUGCCUAUUCCAGAUUGAGAGGAAUUGAGCAGGCUGUUCAGAGUCAUGCAGUUGCUGAAGAAGAAGCCAGAAAAGCCCACCAACUGUGGCUGUCAGUGGAGGCACUGAAGUACAGUAUGAAGACCUCAUCUGCAGAUGCACCUACUGUUCCCCUGGGGAGUGCAGUGGAGGCCAUCCGAGUCAACUGCUCUGAUAAUGAAUUCGCCCAAGCUUUAACGGCAGCUAUUCCUCCAGAGUCCUUAACCCGAGGGGUGUACAGUGAAGAGACCCUAAGAGCCCGAUUCUAUGCUGUCCAAAAACUAGCUCGGAGGGUAGCAAUGAUUGAUGAAACCAGAAAUAGUCUGUACCAAUACUUCCUUUCCUAUUUGCAGUCCUUACUUCUAUUCCCGCCUCAGCAACUGAAGCCACCAUCAGAGCUGUAUCCUGAGGACCUAAACACAUUUAAAUUACUGUCCUAUGCCUCCUAUUGCAUUGAGCACGGUGACCUGGAGCUGGCAGCGAAGUUUGUCAAUCAGCUGAAAGGGGAGUCCAGAAGAGUGGCACAGGACUGGCUGAAAGAAGCCCGAAUGACCCUAGAAACCAAACAGAUAGUGGAGAUUCUGACAGCAUACGCCAGCGCCGUAGGAAUAGGAACCACUCAAGUGCAGCAAGAGUAAGGUCUAGGAAGAGUUGUAUAAUGUCAUUUUUCAUAUCAAAGGAAAUCAGCAUUGAUAUAUUAAGGGUUUGCAACAAGGGUCUCAGAAUUGUCUAGAAGUGAGCAGGUUACAAGCCCUGUGUUCAGUGUUAACACCUGUUGCAUUUGUCUUUACCCUUGCUAUCAUGUCAAUGAACUCCACGACUACUCUUUGCAACUAGUGUAACAUUUCCUGUUUUUCAGGUUUUACUGAUCAGGCUUGUGAGCCAAUCAAAAUAAUGUUUGUGAUCUCUACUGUUGAUUCUGCCCUUGGAGCAAACUAAAUAAAGCAACAUGAUAAAAACUAAA